UUCUGAAUCUGGUGUUCUCGAAGUCCUGAGUGAUAUUCUUCUGUUCGCCCAAGCUCUGCAGUACUCAGGCUCUGGGACUUGUAUCGGUAGAUAUGAAUGCUGAGCUGACGAAUUUCUCGAUCAAGAUGGUGAGCAGUACGAGCAAGAGUUGCAUUGUCCGCUAUGUUCACUUGGAAGUCUCAGAUCAGAUUAGCCCGCCGCCGGCGGGGGAACGGAGGCGUUUUGCAGGUAUGGAGGUUUGAAGGGAUCACGGUAGGGAUUAGUGCGGAUGACGAAUUUUGUAGAAUGUGAAAUGCACGCAGGCCGGAGAUCGGUGGAUAAGAAACCGGCAGAAUAUCUUUGCACCGGUGCCGGACCCUUCCUGCCCAUGGGUGGAAACUGUAUGUGUGGCGGCGGAGGAUCUGGUUGCGGCCGCUCGCUGUCAGAAGCGACCUUUCGAGCCUCUGGUUUAGAAAGCAGUUUGUAUAGACCACACCCCAUGGCCCAUCCUCAACUCCUCAUUCGGCCAUGCAUCGAUUUCAGUCGAUGGCCUGCGUCUCUGAUACCAGACAUCGUGGACCCUUCCUCCAUCGUUUGGACCUUGACCCUUAAGAUUGCUGCCAAGUCGAGGAAGAAUAUAAAGCGAGCCAGUGUCGCAGCCAAUAUUCCUCUAGCCCUUGGCCUCCUCAAGAUGGAAUUAUAAUGACAGCUUUGAGGAAUUCAGUUGUCCCGUGUCCCGGACCCCAAUGGUAGCGAUCAGGUGAAAACAGUGAUAAUUCUUCGCCAUUUUAUGACCAGCAUUGCGCUGUGUCGUCUCUGAUCAGGGCGAUCGUUUCUUUGGGUUCGUGUUCGAUAUUCGGAAUGAAUAAUAUGCUCUGGAUACCUCAUCAAUCGGGUUAUACCGUUAAAUUGGAUCAAAUCCGGGGAGAACAAGUCGCACAGAAUAGCAAUUCUCGCCGGCUGCAUCCUCUGGAGAAUAGCGU